CCUCAUUCUCUGAAGGAAAAAGAAGAGGAGGAGCUCCUCCUUGUCCUCCUCCUUCUCCUCCUCCGCGGCCAUUUGCCUCCGCCCCUCGUCGCCAAACGGGACUUAUUCGCGGAGGAGCAGCGACGGAGAAGGAAGUAAUAAUGCUGAGCUUUUUUCGGCGAACACUUGGGCGCCGGUCUAUGCGCAAGCAUGCCGAGAAAGAACGACUAAGGGAAGCCCAGCGAGCUGCAACUCACAUCCCUGCAGCUGGAGAUGAGAAGUCCAUCAUUACCUGCAGAGUCUCUUUGCUGGAUGGGACAGAUGUCAGUGUAGACUUACCGAAAAAGGCCAAAGGACAGCAUCUGUUUGAACAGAUCAUGUACCAUCUGGACCUCAUUGAAAAUGACUACUUUGGACUGAGAUUUAUGGAUUCAGCACAAGUGGCACACUGGUUGGACAACACAAAAAGUAUUAAAAAACAAGUUAAAAUUGGCCCCCCUUACUGUCUGCAUCUUCGUGUAAAAUUUUACUCCUCUGAGCCAAACAACCUGCGAGAAGAACUCACAAGAUAUCUAUUUGUUCUUCAGUUAAGACAGGACAUUCUGAGUGGCAAACUGGAGUGUCCCUUUGAAACAGCAGUGCAGCUGGCAGCUUACAUGUUACAGGCUGAACUUGGAGACUAUGACCCUGCUGAGCAUAUCCCUGACAUAGUAUCAGAAUUCAGGUUUGUGCCGAGUCAAACUGAAGAGAUGGAACUGGCUAUUUUUGAGAAGUGGAAAGAAUACAGGGGGCAAACACCAGCACAGGCAGAAACAAAUUAUUUGAACAAAGCAAAAUGGCUGGAAAUGUAUGGAGUAGACAUGCAUAUAGUCAAGGCAAGAGAUGGUAAUGAUUAUAGCCUCGGACUAACACCAACAGGCGUUCUCGUGUUUGAAGGAGAAACCAAGAUUGGAUUGUUCUUCUGGCCAAAAAUCACAAGGCUGGACUUUAAAAAGAAUAAGUUAACACUAGUGGUUGUUGAAGAUGAUGAACAGGGAAAGGAGCAGGAACAUACUUUUGUCUUCAGGCUAGAUCACCCAAAGGCCUGCAAACACUUGUGGAAGUGUGCAAUUGAGCAUCAUGCCUUCUUCCGUCUCCGUGGACCUGUCCAAAAAGGUUCCAGUCGAUCAGGCUUCAUUCGGCUGGGGUCACGGUUCAGAUACAGUGGGAAAACAGAGUACCAGACAACAAAAACCAACAAAGCCAGAAGAUCAGCAUCCUUUGAAAGAAGACCUAGCAAACGAUACUCAAGGAGGACAUUACAAAUGAGAGCAAACACAGCUAAGUCUGAAGAUGCUAGCCUUCCAAAUAAUGUUUUCAGCCAAAAUAAUGGAUCACAGCCGACCUGGAGUGCAGUGACAGUCCUACCUUCUAUAAUGCCAGUUCCCUCUGGCCCAGUUUUAGUUGAAAUAGAAAAUCUUCCCAGGAGUCCUGGAACUAGCCAGCAAGAAAAGAAAAGUGUGCCACCAGUUGUUGACUUACUGGAUAAGAAGGAAUUACUGGAAACAUGCAUUGACAAGACUGCUGGUUUAUCUCCUGUGGGAGGAUCAGCUGAAGCUCUGGAAGAAACAGAUCUUUCUUUCUCCCCACUUGGCACCAGGGAGCACCCCUCUGAGAAGGCAGCUCCUGUUGUAAUAGUUGAAGAUCCAUCAAUGAAAUUGAAGCAGCCUGAGGCACAGCUCAGUCCAGUGUUAGUUUCCCAGUCAAACAUAAAUAUCAAUGUCAACAAACAGGAGGAAGUGGUAAAGCUGACGGAGAAAUGUCUCAACAAUGCCAUUGAGAGCCCAGCGAAUGCCUCAGUACGUCUGCCUCCAGACAUCAAGAGCAACAUUCUGAAAGCCCAGGCUGAGGCAGGGCACAAGGUCAUAAGGGAGGAAAGCAUAUCUGGCACCAAGAACACCAAUAUCCAAGAUGCUGCUACCAGGAGCAUUCUUCUGUCAGGAAAACUUCAGAACAGCCCACUGCGACCCCAGAGCCCAGUGUUUCCAGAGCCAAGAGAAGGACUGAAAGUGAUCGCAGUCUCAAAUGCCUUCAUGUCGAGUGAAUUAAGUGCAGAUAAUGCUGUCUCCAUACCUGAAGAUUCUCAGAUACCUCAUAAUCCAACUCCUGCAGAGGAAGCUGCUGUUAUAAAGAACUCUCCAGAGGAUAUUGAGAUUUUGUUAACAUCACAGACAGAGAAUUUAAUUGACUUUACAGAAGCCAUGCCUCGGGUGUCUUCUCCACCCACAAUUGUGCCCAGGUGGUUAGUGCCAAGUGGACUGGUUUCCAAUGGACCUUUGGGGAGUGAGGUUGCUUUAGCUCUUAAGGCAGCAAGAGGAAGCAGUGAGGCACUCUCGGUGUUAGCUGGCUCUCCGCCACCAUUGUUCUCCCCUGAAAUCAUGCCCAGUGUUGUUGCUGAGGAUGCCACAACAGGGCCGAAGUGUUUGCUCACCACUGAACUCUGAGCUUUGGCAAAGUCUCAUCUUCCUAGCAUCACUUUCAAGCCCUUGGAAAGGACUUUUUUGGAAUUACCCAAUGCUGUGACCACGGUUAAAAAGAAAUGCCUGGGUGUUUUACUGUGGAUCUUUUCAACUGGAAUUAGAGUUUAACUAUAGGACAAGGAGCUCUGGGAAGCCUGAGCACCUCUUCGUAAAAUACACUGGAACAAGUCUCAAUGCGUAAUGAAAUCUUGUGAGGUUUCCAUCCAUUAGUAGUACAUAGAACUCUUUGCUGAUUUAUAAAUGUAAAAAGGAAGUGAUCACUGUGAUGAAUCAGUCAGCUGAGUUUAUUUGCAUCCAGUAAAUGGAAAGAUUAAACCUUUUAAGGCCAUCUGCUGGUCAUUACUAUAAGAACAAAUAUUACUAAUUUUAAAAAAUAGAGCAACCACUCUUUUCUAUGGGGCCACCUUCUCUGAUCUUCUUUUGUACUGACAUGUGACCAGUCGUCUUGGCCUUAAUCAGCUUUCUAGAUUCUGUACUUUUUCUCAGAAUGUAAGGACCAAUUUUUAUUCCACUAGCAGGUUAUACUUUUCUAAUCUGGACGUGGAAGCAAUUAUCUAUCAUAUACUUUAAAGAUACUACUGCCAUUUGCAUGUAGUAGAUUGCCACAUUUUCUCCCAUUCUGUAUAAAGUACUCUGUAUGGUAAGCGAUAGGUACAUCUUCAAUGAGGGAAAAACUGGAGCGAGAAGGACAUAUUCCUUUGUGGUCUUUCACAGGGUAAUGUUUAAAUUUGAGAAGAAAUAAUCUGCAGUUGUUAGGGUUCUUCUCUGAAUAUGUCAGUUUCCAUUCUACAAAAUGCAUUACUCUUGUAUUGCAGAAAUUACAUGUUCAUGUAAGUAAUAUAUUAUGAGUUAUUGUUCUAUUUCUCUCUCUCUGUUCCAGGGAAGGUUGCAGUUAGAUUUUGCCCAUACUGAUUGUUAAAGCAGCACAUGCCUACAACCUUCCCUACCUUCUUUUAAAUUAACCAAUAACUUGGCAUUUAGAGAAAAGAUAUCCCACUAUGCAUUAAAGAGCUGGUUAUUUUCGACUGAUAGCAGAAUUGUUUUCUACCAUAAACUCAGGAAGAAUGCUGUAGAUGAGCUAAGUGAGCCUCUGUUUAUCUCACAUGUAGUUUUUUUAAUCUGAUGUCUGCUUUGAACACUGAAAGAGAACAAUUAAAACAGAAAUGCACAAAUAAGACACAGCCCUGUUGUCCCAGCUCCUGAACUAACCAGGCUCUCCUCCUAUUAUCAAAAGGGGGUAUAAGAUGCAAAAAUGCAAUCAUUUUCAUAGUUCCAAAAUGAACUUUAUAGUGGAAGCACAUUUAGGUUUGUGAGACAGGGAUGCUUUAAGAUGAACAGCUUCUAAUGUUAUCAAUUGGAAGAUGUAGUGUACCUGUCCUACGGGGGGUUUUUUGUAUUUUUUUCUGAACAGAAAAAAGAUGGACAAUAGAGAAUUAAAACAUGGAAGAAUAUCACUGGAAAAACUAGUAUCUUGAUCCUGUAUAAACUUUAUUGUUUGAAACAGAACAUUUAUAGGAUAAGUGCUUCACCUGAAAGUGCCCUCAGUUAGAAGAAACCUUCUAGUUAUACUGCCACUUAUACAGAGGGUAUGGCACAAAUUGGUUGUGUGAACAGCUUGAUCACUUCUGUCUUUCUCCACAUUCUCCCCUUCCAGCGUAGCAUACACUGGAGCACAGGAUGUAUAUUGGGGGAGGGGGCAGCUGCAGGGUGUUUGCUUUACUGCUUUGUGUUCCCUAGAAAAUUACAAGUCUAGCCAGUUUGUAGAAUGUUACAUAUUAAUUUACAUAGGUGAGCUUUUAAAAAAGCUUACUGUGGCUGCAAUUUUACAUGAGUGACUGUUGCUAGGCUUCAGCAAAUCAUAAGGAGAAAAGAGAGGCAUUUGGUUGUAAAAUGUGUAAACCCCCAAUUCUGUUUUGAAAUUCUAACUGGGAAGUGCUCUUAGGUUACCAAAUUCCUACCUACCCAGUUAUAAUGGUAAAACACAUUUAAAUCGAUGGCCAAAUUAGCUUAUUCACUUGGCUGAUAGAAAGGCACAGGAGAAGAAGCUUAACCUAUAUUCAUGUUUUGUUUGAUAGCUGCAUGAUAAAAACAUGUGAUUUUCUAUCCAGUAAUAAGUCUGGCCAUGCUUAAGGUAGGAAAGAGGGUAUGGAAUACAGUCCUUAUUACUCAGUUCAACAAAGCCCAGCCCAAACGUUCAGUUUGUGUGAUGCAGCCCUCCAGAUGUGUUGCUCCACAUCGUACCUGGCUAGCAGGCUGUUAACUGUGGGGCACUUGCAAAGGGGCUGUGGAAGGCUGUUGGAAGAGAUUUGCAGAUUAUUACCUAAAAGUUAUUCUGGACUCUGAACAACAGCCUAACUGAGAAAUGCAGGUAAAGUAACAUUGACUUUAGUUAAUGCAAGUAUGGGAAAUCUUUAGACCUCAAGUAAUUGAUGAAUGACUCUUCCCACCCUAGCUCAUUUCUGGCUAGCUAGGGCUGAUGGGCAUUAGAGUUUAACAGUAUUUGUAAGGCCACAGUUUUUCAAUCCAGGCCUAAUACAUUGCUCUAGUGUUUAAAGAAACUGAUCAAAUGGCUUGAUGACUUCAUACAAUUAUGAAAUGGCCAGAGCAAGCUUUAGGAGUUUGUGGAAAUACAUACUGAAAUGCUUAGUUCUAUGUUGUGAAUGUUCAGCAUCAAUAUUUUAUUCUGUACGAGCAAACAUUUACCUGCUUCAUGUAAAACCAAUGGCAUAGGGGAAAAUACAGUAUUCCACAUGUAUUGUUCUCAAUGACACAUUCAAAACAAGAAAGUGUUCUGAUUAACAGUUCUUUUUCAUUCUUGCUUGUUUCUCUUAAGUGGACAAACUUACUUUAGAGUACGUGAGAGUUUUUGCAUUAGAAUAUUUUGUUAAAGAACCACACCACUAACUGCUGUAUUUGUAACUUUUUUAACGAUGUAGAGCUUGACAGUUGCUCUAAGUAUAACUUAUUUUUUUAAGUAUUGUGUACAUAUACUGGGUGCACGGUUUCAUGGCUGGAGAUGUACAAACUGUGCUAGAAUAACUGCACUGAACAUCUGUACACAGGAACAAUGACUGUGAGUUGUAGCCCACUUGAAAUUGGUUGCAAGCCAAUUAUGUUGUAGUUUAUUUCUAAAUAUAACAACUGUGCAAAAUG